CUGGGUCAUGUGCCGCUUCUACAAAGUGAUGGACGCCCUGGAGCCCGCCGACUGGUGCCAGUUCGCCGCCCUGAUCGUGCGCGACCAGACCGAGCUGCGGCUGUGCGAGCGCUCCGGACAGCGCACGGCCAGCGUCCUGUGGCCCUGGAUCAACCGCAACGCCCGCGUGGCCGACCUCGUGAGCAUCCUCACGCACCUGCAGUUGCUCCGCGCUCGGGACAUCAUCACGGCCUGGCACCCUCCCGCCCCUCUUCUGCCCCCCAGCACCAGCACCCUGAGGCCCAGCAGCCCCCCUGCACCCUGUGAGGCUGAGGUCCCCCGCCCCCGGAAGUUGCAGACGUCAGCCUCCACACUCCCCUCCCCAGCUUUUCCAGGCUCCCAGACCCAUUCUGGGGCUGAGCUCGGUCCUGUCCCAAGCCCUGCUGCCCUCCAGCCACCACCACCAUAUCCAGCCCCUUCCUCUACCAAGCCUAACCCAGAGAGCCCAGUGUCCCUCCUGCAGGGGGCCCAGCCCUCUCCAUUCUGCUGGCCCCUCAGCGAGAUCUCCCAGGGCACCCACAACUUCUCAGAGGAGCUGAAGAUCGGGGAGGGUGGCUUCGGGUGUGUGUACCGGGCGGUGAUGAGGAACACGCUGUAUGCUGUGAAGAGGCUGAAGGAGGGGGCCGACCUGGAGUGGACCACAGUGAAGCAGAGCUUCCUGACCGAAGUGGGGCAACUGUCACGGUUUCGUCACCCAAACAUCGUGGACUUCGCUGGCUACUGUGCUCAGAGUGGCUUCUACUGCCUCGUCUAUGGCUUCCUGCCCAAUGGCUCCCUGGAAGACCGCCUGCACUCCCAGGUAGCUGUCCCUGGCCUGGCAUGCUUCCCUGGCCCCACAGCACUCCCAGCACCUGACUGAAGCUCUCAGGCUCUGUGAGUGGGUCCCACCAGCGGGCAGGGCCCAGGCUCAGACUUUGGCCCAAGGUGGGCUGCCGUCUUCCCUGGCACCCUUUCCCGUGGUCCCUCCCCGGCUGUUCCUGCGUGCCUGGGAGCCUGGCUCAAGCUGCCUCUAAAAAGGGGGUUAUCGACUCGGUGCCCCAACUCACGCCCCUUUCUCUGGCAAGCAGACUAGCUGAAGGGUCUUAUCAGCAUGGCCCUCAAGAGUAGGAGGCAGGGCGCCUGGGUGGCUCAGUUGGU